AAUCUAACCUAUAAAAUUUUGAUUUGUUUAUGAUUAGUCAUUUAUAGUUGAUAUCAAAAAUCUAGGUAUAUAAUAGAAGAUGCCUCCGAUAUUAAAAUUUUUUGAAAAUGUAGAUCUAAAUGAAUUUACACUGUUAAUUCCGAGCGUUUCAGUGGGCAAUGUUCCACAGUUAACAUUGGAUCUACUCAUUAAAACAUUCGAUUUUCAAAAAAUUGCAUCGUUGUGGCAUCCUUCAAUAGUUUCUUCUGUUGGCGCAGAUCCUUAUGAUUUUAGUUCACCUAAAAUCUGUAUGGCAUGUGAAUUGUAUUCAAAUGAAAAGUUAAAAGUGGCUUGCAUGCAGUUGAGGUCUACAUUAGAUUCAAAAAUGGCAAACAAAUUUUUUGAAGACAUCUAUAAUUGUAUAAACAACUUGAAUUUUAAGCAAAUUAUCAUUUUAUCCAGUGCGUUCGAUUACGAAUUACCGAAUAUUAAUAAAAAGAGAUUCUAUUUUUUGGAUAAUUUGCAAAAUAAUGUGUGUAACAUACCAGAUAUGGAGCAACUAGACAAAGAUCUAUCUGGCAAAUAUCGUGUAAAUGGUGCAGGAUUUGCCUUGAAUCUAUAUGCAGUGUUAUCAAAAGGAUUAAAAUGUAUAUUGUUGGGAAAAUACAUCAGUGAAGGUGAUAAUCGACCAGAUGCACAGGCCGUGUUAGAAAAAGUACUUCAGGUGUUACAUGUGAAAAUGCCAAAAAUGAUUCAAUAUCCUAGAUCUUGGGAUUUGGUUUUUGGUGGCCCUCCACCUAUUGGAAUAUAUUGAACAAAUUUAUAAUCAUUAUCAAUUUAUUGAAUAUAAGUAUUUGUCAUAA